AUGAGGAGAGAACCACAGAGCUUACGAUCUAGAUUGAGGGAGGAAUUUUACACAUACUGUGCCUUCUGGAUAGCCGUGUCCGCUUUACCGGCUCUGGCCCUAUCUUAUGUCGCUGUAAGAAUAAGCAACCAUUUAUGGCUAAAACUGCUGUCGAGCCGCUACCCGAGUGUGGAGUUUAUAAGAAAUGCUACAAUUCGUUCCUUACUGGACACAAACAGGAACCAGGGGAUCAUUAAUGUUUUGUUAUGUAUAAAAGGCACACUAAAUGCAGAGGAUGUCAAACGCGAACUGACGGAACAUGUAAUAGAUCGAAGAAAUCAAAAUGGAGACCUAGUGUUCCCAAGAUUGAGACAACUUCUUGUGUCGUACUGGGGGAAUUAUGCUUGGGAUGGAAACGUUCCAUUUCGACCAGAAAAUCAUGUUUUUGUUGCCAACGCUGUUUAUAGAGGACGUCCUGUUAGUGACGCAAAUAUACAAGAUUACAUAAGCGACGUGAUAUCAAAAUACUUUCCCAGUGAUCACCCUCCAUGGCAGUAUAUAAUCAUUCCAUGUGUGUCCACGGAAACCAAGUAUUAUAUACUAAUACGAGUUCACCACUUACUUCUCAGCGGGAAGAAGUCUCUAAACAUUGGCGACUUACUUCUCAUGGAACAGCUCCCACAUCGCUGUCUCGAUAGAAUUGAAUUAUGCCAUAACAGUCCACUAUCAAAAUUAUUCCCCACACCAUCAGCUCUUCCAGAGUUGUGGUCCAAGAUUAACGAAAGUUUAUCAAAUAUUUGGAACGAAUUUAUAUGUGAAUAUGACCCUGUUGAAAGUCCAAGGGCACUUAAAACACUGCCUGGAGCAUUUCAUGUAGCUGGAUUAGUAUUUAUAUCAACAGCAAGUGCGUUAAGAGAAUUUUCAAAGAAGAGGACGCAAGACAGAGAAGCGCCUGCAGCUAUGACAGCAGCAAAAUUUCUUUUAGCCAUACAAAGAGAAUGUAAAAGGCGGAACUUAAAUGUACCAAAGAUUUUAAUUUCGCCUCUAGUAACCGUGGAUCCCCGAAAAUGGCCACGGAGGAUGUUUGAAACUGCGUUUACGACGGCCAAAACUAUGCUAACACUACCCUUUAAAAUACGGGAUGAAAUUACCGCUAUCAAUGAAUUAAGAACGAUUGGCCUAGUUCGGCAAACUGACACGUUUACAUGGAAGUAUGGGGAUAUCGCUCAAUUGCUUGUGAAAGCCACUGGCGAGACAUUAAGGGGUAUGAAGGAAGCAUACCGAGCACCUUGGAAGUUGUGGACUGAUACUAUUGGUGCUGACGAUGGGAAACGACAUCUCUUGCAAACUAUUUCUUUGUGCGGGAGGAAGGUGGCAUCAUUUUCCCGACCUAUACCACGAGCGGACAUUGACAGAGCUGCUCGUGCUUUGGGCGUGUCUUCCACCGACAUCGCACUGUUUGCUGCCACAGAAUCUUUGCGAGCUUUCUUUGAAAACGCUCAAAGUGAAACACCUGAUUCCAUAUUAGUAUCAGCAAGAGCAGCCUGUGAGGACUUUCUUUAUACUUUUGCUGAAGGCAAUGGCAAGAAUUAUAAGAAAUCGCAAACUGGAGGAAUGGUUUGUCUAUCUAUUCCCGUUGGUGCUACACCACGUCGUAUAGCCUCCGUCGUCGAUGGAGCAUGCAGUCGCCAAGUUGCCUUGGCAGGGGCCUGGGCAGCCCAAGCCAGAUGUGGAGCCUUAACCAGAUCGGUGCCUUCGCCCUUCGCAAGACUGACACUUAAUGCACUAUCCAGACGAUACGCUGUUUCAUAUGCGGAAAUAAAUGCACCAACUGAUGCUCAACGGAGAAAAACAUUGUGGGGACAGGAGGUUGAUGGCGUUGUGUAUUGGAGGCCACCACAGGCUAACAUAAGUUUGUCCCUAACCGUAAUCCAGUACGCAGAUACAGUCCGACUUACUGUUAUGGCUGAUGCGAGACUUACGCCCUUACACACAGUACCUUCCACAAGAUGGCCGACAGCUAUCGAGCAAUUAGUCAACAGGAUUGACCAACAAAUUGCCAGGAUUACCGGACGUCCGAUAGUUCCAUUAAUUCAGAGAGUUCAAGAUACUUUAGAAACUGUCCAGGAACCAGUGAGUGAAGACGAUUCAGAAACAUCAAGACAGGCAGAGACGACACAAACUCUACCACAAAUUACGGAGCCAGAAAGUAUAGAAAGAGACGAGUCGCAGAGAACAGAUACUAGUCAAGUGUUAAUUCCGCCUACAAUAAAUAUCCCAACACGACAUAGUUUUACGAAUAAAUAA